GUUAUUGGAAAGAUCGUUGGUCGUUCAAGGGUGCGGGCACACGUAACACCACAGAAUGACGACAAGCUCAUGGAGAUAAUUCUCGAGGAUCAUGAGUACACAAAUGAGUGGCCUGUUUCAAUUUGAUUGCAGUCUACCAAGUUCUAUUUCCCUCGUUUCUUCCCCGACCAGUUGCCGGUGUAGUGAUGCUUCGUACAUACUUCGCCAAGAAGCUUUUGAUUUUGGAGCAACGCUGGCUUAUUCGGAAGCAGUAAUCAGAAGGCAGCAGUUGUUGCUAAGGUGUUUGGGAGGUUAUUCUGGAAAAGCCAAAGAACCUUUUUAUCAGGCUAAUAUUAGAAUGCAGUCUGCAGUGAGUAGUGGCUCUAGCUUGAAGGCCGAUUCUGUGAGCGUUUUAAGAUCAAUAACUCCAAAUCUCAUCUACACGAAGCACAAAGGCCAAGCUGGCAAGAUAGCUGUUGUAGGUGGAUGUCGCGAAUACACUGGGGCACCAUACUUUGCUGCUAUUUCUGCAUUGAAAAUUGGAGCCGAUCUGUCUCAUGUAUUUUGCACAAAAGAUGCUGGUUCAGUCAUAAAAAGCUAUAGUCCAGAGUUAAUUGUACAUCCAGUUCUGGAAGAGUCUUACUGCAUUAGGGAUGAGGAUAGAAGCUCAGUAUCAGCCAAAGUGAUGGCAGAAGUUGAUAAAUGGAUGGAUCGAUUUGAUUGUCUAGUCGUUGGUCCAGGUCUUGGCAGGGAUCCAUUUCUCCUGGAGUGUGUGAGUAACAUCAUACGUCAUGCGCGGAAGUGCAAUUUGCCGAUGGUUAUAGAUGGGGAUGGGCUCUUUCUUGUUACGCAAUGUCUUGAUCUGGUUAGAGGUUAUCCUCUGGCUGUCCUGACACCAAAUGUAAAUGAGUAUAAACGGCUUGUGCCAGCUGUACUAACUUCUGAAGCUGAUGAAGAAGAUGAAUGUGAACAGUUAAAGUCCCUGGUUAAGGGGAUUGGUGGAGUGACAGUAUUGCGGAAAGGGGAAACUGAUUUAAUUUGUGAUGGCAAAACGGUUAAUUCAGUGAGCACUUACGGCUCUCCUCGCCGCUGCGGCGGCCAGGGUGAUAUACUGUCAGGAAGUGUUGCGGUAUUUCUUUGUUGGGCGCGACAGUGCGCUGAUCUGGGAGAAUUUUACACAACAAAUCCUACAGUACUGGGAUGUAUUGCCGGGUCGACUCUGCUGAGGAAGGCUGCAGCUCUUGCAUUCGAGAACAAGGGGAGAUCCACGCUUACUGGGGAUAUCAUCGAGUACCUUGGGAGAAGCCUGGAAGAGUUGUGCCCACACUGCUGAGAGACCCACCUUAUGUACCUGCUGCCUUCAAAACCGGUUUUGGUGAGGCUAAAUACGGAGCAUGGAUAACUGUGACUGACUGUUGUAUAAUGAAUAAAAGGACCCCCUUUCUUUUGUUUUACAGUAAAUAAAAGGACCCUCUUUCUUUGUUUUUUUAAUCAUUGCAACCACCAAAUGCCCCGAAACCGUGCUAGGGUAACCCCAAAAGGGUGACCCUACACUUCCUACAGACCAUACAGAUUUUUAUUGUUUGAUCGUCACUAGAAAAUAAAGGUAGGUGUAUGUGAUCUGUGCGAAGCAUGUGAUCUUG